GGUCCUUCAGCGGGUCCUUGGUCAACGUGGUGGGAGACGCGAAAAAUGUUGAAGUUGUUUUGAACCUGAGUCGGAUUUGUGAAACCGGCACGUAUCAGUCGAAAUAUAUACAAGGAAAAUGGAACGACUUUGAAGAUUGAGAAGAAAAACUGUCUUACCAUGAUGCCCGGGGACAGUCAGUCCAAAACGGUGGCGAUCGCCGCAGACGCGACGGAUGGAAACUGUCAGAACUGUUCCGUCCUGCAUCAGACCCUGACCGAAUACGUGUCGUCAUUUCUGGCGCUGAAACAGAAGAUCACGAUUUCUGAUGACACUAUCGGCCUUCAGCAGCAGCUGGAAGAGCUGCAGAUCAAGUUGGUUACUCUGGAGAAAAAGACCGUGGAUUAUGAAUCUAUGCAAGUGGAACUGGAGGAAAAGAAGCGGGCUCUUAGGGUCUAUGGACAGAUGUCGGAGAAGAUGGAAAAACUGAAGAAGGAAAAUAGCAAGACACUGGAAGAGAACAUGACGCUUGAAGAGCAGCUCAAGAAUGUGAAAGAACUGAGAGAUACACAGUCGGUUGAGAAUGAACAGCUGAAGAGAGAAAAGGCGGAAGUAGAACAAGAUUUGCUGAAAACUCAGACAUCUCUGAAGAAAUCUCGGGCACAAGCAGAUCAAGUUGAAAAACUGACAGAGGACAAUACCAAGAUAACAAGCAUAAAGGACAACCUUGAAAAUAAAGUUAGACUCUUGGAAGACUCGGUUUGCAAACAGAAUCAUCAAAUAUCCCAACUGACCAAAGAGAAAAUCCUUCUAGAGAGGAAUAUGAAUGAUCUCCAGGUGAGACUUUUAAAACUGGAAAGAGAAAGGACUAAAGACUAUAAGAGCACAUCAACGCAAGCAAAGUCACCAGAGGAGCCUAAAGUUGACAAAGAAAAAGUCAGGAUGCUGCUCGAGAAUUUGUGGGCAUGUGUGGAACCUCAGCAGCAGCACUCAGAAAACCAGUUGCACUUAAAAGGCGACGCAUCAUCAAAGUCGUACGCCAAGCAGGUUCUACCUUCCUCGCCGCAAAACUCUCAUCUGAGUUACACGUCUCUGUCUGCUGCUGACAACAACCACAUGGAAUCUCACAAUCACACUGUGCAGACAAACACCCCUUACACACAGUUAAAACCUUCUCCACGUGCACGUAAAGCCAACAAGCCCCCAGCGUCUCCUCAGUGCUCACGUGGCAAGAGGCAAAUGGACACCCCCCCCAAAAACAGGCGAUUGUCCAAGGAACACAAAACUGUGGAGUCUUCUACUGACCCGGGCAGCUCCGACAUAUCUAUUGAGGAGAUGAUGGAAAUGUUCGAACCAAUGCUUCCCUGCAUAUCACCGCUACCAGACUCGGACACAGAGUUGGAAACUAUGGAGACAGAUGAUGGAGAAAAGGGAGACUGUCGCAAACCCUCUGAUGACUCUGCCCCUCUACAACAAGAGGCUUCCACACUCAUCACACCAACAUUAGUGUUCAGUCGCUGUGCAAACAUUCCUGCACUACCUGCAGUCGAGAAUGGGGACUCGCCAGUUGUCACAGCACAUGAAGCAGAACACAUUUCUAACGGAAAUGACUCCGAAGACUUGGGACAAGCUGAGUUGUGUGGCGUUACUGAAAUGAAGGAUAAAAGCAGCACAGAUAGUGAAGAAAUGCAUCUUCAAAGACACAUGCAGACUGAGCAGGAGGCAGCGUCUGUGCAGGCACUAUCAGCAUCAUCAUCAUCUUUGCCUACCACAUCAAAUAAUACCUCUGUGGUUGAUGUUGUCUCGUUAACUUGUGAAAGUCAAGAAUCCUCCUGUGGUAGAAAGCCCAGUGACAGAAUAGCCAGCAGCAUCACUGAAACAGAAAAGGCGAUGGGGAAGGCAAAGGAAGACCAGUCAGAGACUAUAACCGAGAUGGAUGUAGACACAGGCCUUUGUGAUGUUACAGAUGCCACAACAGUCACUCCUCCUGGUGACGGGGAGUCGCCCACAGGAAGCGAUAACUCUGCAGCCCCUGAAGAAACAGCAGAUGUGCAGCUAGGUGCUUCCUCACCACACGCUGACGCUGUGAAUGACACUGAGGUUUCAAACACAGAAAAUGGUUCAGAGGUCGGAAGAAGUCUUCAGGAUUCUUGUUGUGCGACACCGGGCCGUCAAGAGGCCACUGUCGUAAGGCCUCAGGAGAUUACAUUUUCUAUUGGCAAAGGCACAGACGUGCCAGAAGAUAAAGUUUGUUCAUCAAGCAGCAGCGACGGCUUUAGUGGCCUCUCGAAUAAAAAUGUUAAAGAGACGCUUGGAAACGAUGGAGCCAUAAAACAUCUUGAGGUGGAAAAUGGGAAUAAAGAUCAAAGAACUGAAAGAGUUGAUGAAAUAGAGUCUUCCCCAGAGUCACAUAUAGCCACCGAACCUCAAACACCUGAAAUACUUUCACUGGUAAAGAUGGAAGAUGCGGACAAGAGCCACACUGACCUGGAAUCCAACCAAGCAAAUGCUGAAUCUCCUUCAAACAAGAAAGUUGAGAUGGAGACACUGAACAGAGAAAUAAUGGCUGAUCACAGCCCUUCCCUUUCUGUCUCCCAAGAGACAAUGACUGUUAAAGCUGAAUAUUUACUAGAAAAUAUACAUUCCCCGUGCAGGCAGUUGAGUCCUUUGUGUCUGUUGCCCACUGUAAAAAUACAGGGCUUGAAAACGCACCCAAAUGUAGGAAAAUUGAAUGUGGGUGUUAACGAUGAACACAUUUCAACAGACGACACGACUCUGCGGCCUGUGCCAAAUUUGGAGGAGGAAGGCGUCAUUGAAAAGGCUGACGUCCCUCGGGAAAGAAUAGGCACAAGAAGUGCUACCUCGUUAAUUCAGACUGCAGCCGCCACAAAUAAAUAUUUGGAGCCACGUACGGGAGCGCUUGAAACACAAAGUUCACCUCUUACCGGAGAGGAAGACGCGAGACCAGCGGCGGCUUCAGCCGCAGCUACGGGUCGACCGCCAGAGUGGAUAGGCAAGGUUCGCUCCGAAAUGGGCCCUCCGCUUCCUCGUCUCCUGACCCCUCUGAGCACGCCUCCCAAAGCGGGCAAGUCAAUCAGUCCACGACAGGCCAUUGGGAAGCUCUCGUUUCCCUCACCCAUGGCUUCUCCUACCAUUCCUGUCCCAAUCCACGUGACACCCAACAGUCAGCAUCUACGGUCUUCAACCUUUAACAGUCCGCUCCAUUCAAACGGAGUCCCCUCAUCGCCGCUUCAGUUCGGCUCGGCCACUCCGAAGCACGCCGUGCCCGUCCCAGGUCGCCUGCCCGUAGCAGCCAUGAAUUCCUCCCCUUCCUCCUCCUCCAGUCCGUCUCAGGAAAACUCCAUGCGGAUCCUUGACACCAUGUAUCCGGAGCUGUCCGCCCGCGCCCGAACCCUGAGCAUCCUCCGAGGCAACGUCGGCCUCGGCAUUUGUUCUUCUGAGAGCGGAACAUUAGCCGCAACAACUGACAGUCAGAUGUCUGGCUUUAAAACCAUCAACUCCGCCCCAACGGCCUUCACCAAGACUGAGAUUAGGGGAGAAAAAAGACAGGCGGUCAGUUUGCCUGAGCCCCAAAACAGCAAAUGCCGCAGGCUUGAUAGCCCCUCUCCCGCCAUCAGUCGCGAGCAGGUGCCUCCCUGCUCAUCGAACAGCAGAGAGGAGACCACCGCACCCCAGAGUGUGCGGGUCGACCAGCUCAAAAAUCCUUCUCAGUCCACGGACGGUGGAAAACCUGCGGUGGAGAAUCUUGUUGUUAUCGCUUUAAAGAAAAUUGAAAACCAGAACUUUGACCUGUUACCCGUGAUCAAGAGCCACCUGUUCGUUGGUAACAUCCCCAGAAAGCCGGUGUUGAGGGAUGAGGAGAAGGAGGUCAUCGCUGAGAUUUGCCACGGCAGCGUGCUUAAAGCAGAUGAUGUGAUUUCUGCCAUCCUGAACAAACUGAAAGCUGAGAAGUGUGACCUCAACGGUAACUACAUGCAGGCUCUCUGCAGGGUCUACACAGGUGUCUGUAGACAGAAGAGCGACUGGGAGAAGGCUCACAUCCUGGCGUACAGCAUUCUUACUGAAGAUUUCCCAGAUUCUGCCAAGCUGAUUUUGUUUAUGGUGACAACGUGGCCCAGUGUUCUCUCACACAGCAGUUCUCUGUGCAAGGCCAUACACGCUGUCACCAAACUCAAAGCCCAAGAAGAGCUUCUCGACUGCCUCUCAACAUUCCUCGGUUGGAAAAAGAGUCCUCCCUGCGACAUUGACCUGCUGAUCUCCAAAACACUUGCUGAUCUUCGUUCAGGGUCAGAUCUGUCUUUCACGAAACACAGUCGGUACGGCUACGACCUGGGGACUCAGGCUUGGCAGCUUGUCUUCACACUGCACCUCCUUUGUGCACAUAAGAAGUGGAAGUGGACCUUUGACAAUGUUUUGAGCAAAGAGUUGUGGCCAUUAAUGAACACAUGGGUGACACAGCCCAGAGGUCAACAAGCACCCGUUUCUGAUGCAACUGUCUCCACCGUGCUCCGACUCAUAGGACGCCUCUGCCAACUGGGAAUAAAAGAGAGGUGCAAGUCGUCUGUGGUAACUGUUGCCAAUGUCAUGAACACAUUCAGUAAACAUGGACAGACUGAAGGUGUGCCUUGGGAGGUCCAGUUAGCAGCUGUCUACUGCGUCUACGAACUGUCUCCCUGCAACCCCAAACAAGCCCUGGAGGCCCUCGCAGGGUGGAGGGGAGAGACGUCUCAGAGCGUCCCGACUGCUGUCACUAGCUACAUGAACCAGUUAGCCUCCAUCUGUAGACAGGUCAAGAGCUGAGAGCGAGAAACACAAACUAUACAAAUUCAUGUUGACAUGCAUGGCUGUACCUAUGGUCUAAAGAGAGAGAAUGACCAGCCCACCCCACAAUAUCAGUAUUCAUUUGAACUUGUUUACUGGCUGCUAUUUGUUGUUAUUUACCAUUUGGGUGCAUGACUUGUCAAACACGUGCUGCCUGUCCUAAAGCUGCAGUAAGCGAUUCUAAAGCAAUACGCGUUUUGUUCAAAUCAGCGAAUAUUUCCUCGCGGCCCGCUAGCUGUCGUUUCUGUGUGAAUCCGGGUUUUCGGCAUCAGCCCUGGCUCCGUAAAUCGAAAACAAGAUAAUGGUGCGGACACUGGGAGUGUAGUUGGUAAACAUCAUUCAUCGACACCUUAAGAGACGUGCUGGCAGGUGGUGCUGCAAAUCUGUGGUUUUGGCCUUGUGGUUAGCGUGUCGCUCUCCCAUACCCGAGGUCACGGGUUUAUGGCCCGGCCAGAGCAGUAAAAUCAAAUCAAAACAAAAACAACAAACCUCUACUCUAAAAUGGAACAUCUGUGGUAAAUGUGUCUGUUCUCCAAUUUUGUAGCAAAUGUUUCCUCAAUUUUAAUGUAAAGAUACACAUCAAAUUUGCUUUGUUUGUUUUUUUAGCUGUCCACACCCUGUUAUAAAUGUACUGAUAUAAAUUACUCCCUGUCUACUGUACUCAGGUAAUGCUUUGAAAAUAAUGUAAAAAUGUGUAUUCUGAGUCAACUGGGUGCUGCUGUAAAUGUUUCUACUUUGUUUGUAAAUAUGACAUAAGAUAGUAAAUGUUUUGUACAGUUUAAAGAUUGAGAGCUAAUUUAUUUUUUUCUUCUUUCAAAUUAAACUUCCCAUAUAUUAAACGAAA